AUGAAGGAGAUGGAGAAGGACCAGGCUGAGCAGCUCAAUGCACCCAAUGAGACCAAUAGCAGCGGCGCCCUCCUGUCCGGAGCUGAUUACGACGAUGAGUUUAUUCGCUACUUGUGGCAGGAAUAUUUGUACCCUGAGCAGUAUGAGUGGGUGCUCAUCGUCGCUUAUAUUAUAGUGUUCAUUGUCGCCCUGGUCGGAAACAUACUGGUUUGCAUUGCAGUUUGGAAGAAUCAUCACAUGCGGACAGUCACAAACUAUUUCAUAGUUAAUUUAUCAUUUGCUGAUAUCCUUGUUACAAUUAUUUGUCUUCCUGCCAGCCUACUUGUUGAUAUAACUGAGUCAUGGUUUUUUGGGCCAGUUUUCUGCAAAAUAAUUCCUUACUUACAAACUGUUGCAGUGUCUGUAUCUGUACUGACACUGAGCUGCAUAGCACUGGAUCGCUGGUACGCGAUAUGUCAUCCACUUAUGUUCAAAAGUACAGCCAGACGAGCGCGAAACAGUAUAAUUAUGAUAUGGAUUGUCUCCUGUGUAAUAAUGAUUCCCCAGGCAAUUGUAAUGGAAUGCAACAUCAUGGUGCCAGAGUUAGCAAACAAAACACUUUUAUUCACCAUCUGUGAUGAGCAUUGGGGAGAUGACAUUUACCCCAAGAUCUAUCAUAUUUGCUUUUUCAUUGUUACAUAUAUGGCCCCUUUGUGCCUAAUGAUUUUGGCCUACUUUCAAAUAUUUCGGAAACUUUGGUGUCAACAGAUACCGGGCACUUCCUCAGUAGUCCAAAGAAAUUGGAAGCCUCUUGCCCUGCAGUGUUCAUCUCAGAAGGCUGGCAGAAGACAGGUCAAGUCACAAAUAAAUGCUGUUGCUGCAGAAAUCAAACAGAUUCAAACAAGACGGAAAACAGCACGGAUGUUUCUGGUGGUUUUCAUUUUUUUCACACUUUGCUACCUUCCAAUUAGUGUUCUGAAUAUUCUGAAAAGGGUGUUUGGAACCUUUGACAAUGUUAACAACAGAGCAACACUCUAUGCGUGGUUUACCUUCUCACAUUGGCUAGUGUAUGCCAAUAGUGCUGCAAAUCCUAUCAUUUAUAACUUUCUGAGUGGCAAAUUCCGGAAAGAGUUCAAAACCGCAUUCUCUUGUUUCCGGGUGGACUGUCGGAAUGAUGAACAUCUGAACAGAGCCCAGCUGAGCACAGAAAGCCGCAAGUCAUUUACCACACAGAUCUGCCACUUUGAUAAUGUUUCCAAAACAUCAGAGCAUGUAGCGCUUACAAAUGUAACCGUGUCACAGACCAGUAACAUUACUGCGAACAACACCUGGUGUCAGUGA